GUAAAGUCGUCACCGUCGGUUUUCAGAUGAUUCCUCAUUAUACAAAACGCAGGUGAUGCGGGUACUGAGGCAGACAGAAGGUUCCGGCGCGUCUCAUGAGGCUGUGCUCAUGACACCGAUGAGACGGACCGAUGGGUUUGCCUUGAAUCCUCCCCAUUUACAGUAGAGUCACAUUGUAAGUUCUGCUUCCACUUUAGCCAAGGGCAGGGCUUGGUGCAGACACACACGCACACACACAAACGCACACAUGCACGCAUGCGUCAGGUAUCUGAGGGACGCCCUCAUCCCGGCGACCAGAGAGCAAAGUACACAAGAGACACGCAGAGGUGUCCUGACAUCAGGGAAAUACAGUAAACCUCUAAGAAAAAUCCCAGCGUUGGCCCAUACUUUCAGAAUCACAUGGCACAGCCCAUCUAGAUGGAAGAAGAAUUGCUUUGGGGAUAACAGCCCUGGGGAUUACUGUCACUCCUGUGGCUGCAAAUGGAUUACACUUGAACUGUCACCCUGAACUCGGCGAGGGAUUUGCGGCGAACAUUCCCGACUCGGAACGCGAGUAACAGGCUUCUGCGGCAGGCAGGCAGCCCCCAGGCCAUGGUGGACCCCACGGUGACGAGAAGGGGCCAGAUGGACGUGUUGGGAGAAAACGAGGCUCUUCAGCAGUUUUUCGACAGCCAGGAUGUCAGCGGGGUGCUGGAUAACGUGACGCUGGACACCAGGAUGCUGGAUAACGUGACGCUGGACACCAGGAUGCUGGAUAACGAGACGCUGGGCACCAGGAUGCUGGGCACCAGGAUGCUGGACACUAGGAUGCUGGACACCAGGAUGCUGGAUAACGAGACGCUGGACACCAGGAUGCUGGACACCAGGAUGCUGGACACCAGGAUGCUGGACACCAGGAUGCUGGACACCAGGAUGCUGGAACAGUACCUCAGCAAUGACGUGGAUCCCAGCACCUUCAUGCUCCCUGAUUCACCGCCAGAUUCAGGAUCGGAACCCUGCUCGCCACCACAAGUGCCAGAUAUUCAUUAUGGUCCCUCCUGGCCUAUUGGCCGGGUUGAACAUGAAGUAUUGUCCACCCUCAACCCUCCUACCAGCUCGGGGAUUCACUUCAGAGACCAGCACCCCAGUCCCCAGAGCUCGAACCUCCAUCUCCCCGGUCCCCAGUGCCCCACCCCCCACCUCUCGGCCCCGAUGGACACCUUCCCCCUGGGCAGCUGCUCUCUCGCCCCCAGCCCGGUGCACAGCUCUCCUCCACCUCUGCACCACCCAAGCUCCGCCCACACUUAUGCUCCAGUGCAUGCUUCCACCCAGCUGCCUGAUAGCAGGCUCCCCAAUCCUCUAUGGGGAGCCGCCAUGCCCCCCUGCCCGGUCCAGACCACACCCAGAUGUCCCAGCCCAAUCCACCUGUAUCCGCCUCCCGCUUCCAGCCAGCAGACAGGACCGGCUUCAUGCAACGCCAAGAAGAGGAGGCAUUCUACGGAAGACACUCCGGACCCCGGUGGGUGGGAGGACGCAGGCUGGACGUUAGAGGGUCCAGACUGCAGCAGAGGAGAUGCGCCCAGCUAUGGCAGUGACGUGGCAGGAGGAGGGGGGGGUCCCGGGCAGGGCGCCUACCGCAUGCUGUCCUGGGACGAGUACCUGUCCGACCAGUGGGGCCCCCUGUACAAUAGCAACUACGAGAGCCUGCCAGUCCCUGGUUACCACAUCGAGUCGGACAAAGGCUUCAACUACUCCCCAGCCGACGAGGCCUUCGUGUGCCAGAAAAAGAACCACUUCCAGGUCACGGUCCACGUCGGCAUGGCGGGGAGCCCCAGAUAUGUCAAGACCGCUUUGGGCCUCAAGCCGAUCCAGAGCUUUCACGUCAAGGUUUUCGGCGUCAAGAUGGAGGCGCCAAGCCACCUGAUCACCAUAGAACAGUCCCAGUCCGACCGCAGCAAGAAGCCCUUCCUGCCAGUCAGGGUGAGCAUGCCAGGUGACAAGAUCACCAAGGUGACGUUGGGCCGCCUGCACUUCAGCGAGACAACGGCCAAUAAUAUGAGGAAGAAGGGAAAACCGAACCCAGACCAGAGGUACUUCCUGUUAGUGGUGGGACUUUACGCCUGCCUGGAAGAGGAGCGCCACCUGCUGGCGGCUCACGUGUCUGAGAGGAUCAUUGUCAGGGCAUCCAACCCAGGCCAGUUUGAGAAUGACGAGAUGCCGUGGCAGCGGGGGGCUGCUCCGGACGCGGUGGUGUGCCACGGCAGGGUGGGCAUCAACACGGACGCCCCGGACGAGGCCUUAGUCGUCUGUGGAAACGUGAAGGUGAUGGGCACGGUCAUGCACCCGUCUGACCAGAGGGCCAAGGAGAAUGUCCAGGAGGUGGACUCGAACGAGCAGCUGAAGAGAAUAGCACAGAUGAGGAUUGUGGAGUAUGACUACAAACCUGAAUUUGCCACUAAAAUGGGCAUCAAUCAGGUCCAUGAGACAGGUAUCAUAGCACAGGAGGUGAAGGAGUUACUCCCCAGUGCAGUGAGGGAAGUCGGAGAUGUCGUCUGCUCAGAUGGAGAGAAGAUUCCUAACUUCCUCAUGGUGGACAAAGAGCAGAUAUUCAUGGAGAACGUCGGUGCAGUGAAGCAGCUGUGCAAGUUGACCGACAACCUGGAGACGCGCAUCCAGGAGCUGGAGGUGUGGAACAAGCGGCUGGCCAAGCUGAAAGACAUGGGCAGCCUGCGCUCCAGCGGGGCUGGCAGCGUGCACCGAAAGGUCAGCAAAAUCAGCAACGUCCCACCCCCACAAAAAUCCUCCCCAGUCCAGUCCACCAAAGAAAAGUACAAGCACUGCCUGCAGCACAAGGCCUUCCGGGGCACCGUCAUCGUGCUGGUGGCCAUUAUGGCUUUUUGCGUCAUCUGCAUUAUAGGUCUGUACAUGUUUACGCUGCAGAGAGACACCUCAGAAUCCUCAUAUGGGACCAGUAAAACCCCCCUUCCGCCGAUGACCAUCCCUUCAGUCACUACCGUUCCCUCGACCCCGGGACCUUGGCCCCCAGACGUGGGUUUCUGCAGCCUGCUCUACUGUGAGGAGGUGUACUGCUGUCCCACAGAAUCUGGCAACCUGAGCUCCCCCUACACUGAACCCAUCCUCUCAUACUCGCCCCCCAGUGCACAAGACAAAAAGAGAGAACUCCUGUUUGACAAUUUCAACGGUGCCAAAGACUGGACAAAUACAACUGUUAAAUCCAUAUUUAUCAAAGAAAAUCAACAAAUUAUUGACCAUCACUACUGUGUGGAAGGCAGUUGCGGGCCGGGGAACUACAGCUUCUCGAUCCCCAUCAGCAAGUUUGUGCCUGUCAACAUGCCGAUCACCAUCCAGAUGAACACCACUGAGCUUCUGGUGGUCCACCUGUGCCACAUCUAUGACACCAGCACCUGCUCUGCCCUGAGGAUCAGCAAUGUGGGCAGUUCAGCCAUAAGCAACACGCAGGGCUACAACCACGAGUGGCCGUUGCCGGUGGCCCGGCUGCAUCAGAGCUCCUUCCACUUCCGGACCACUGUGGCGGGACAGGCUGACUGCACUACCGACGCCAACUACAUGGAGGCGCUCUUCACAGAUUACCACUUCCACUUCUACCGCAGAUGUGACUAGCCUCCAUCCAAGCCCCCCCCCCCCUCGCUACAAAAGUAGCCAAGCCCAAGGACUCUGACCGAAUGGUUCCCUGGAAUGUACCAUAAGGCCUAAUGGGGGCGUUUGGUUGUAUUAAGAAUCUUCUCUCCUGUGUCCCUGUCAGGCCCAGAUUUAUUGUACAGAAAUCAAGUGGGCAUUUCUGUUGUGUCUCGGUACAAAGGCCUAUUUAUGAAUGUGGGGAUACUUCUGGAUUGCCUGGUGAAAUUAUACAUCUCUGACUGUUUCUUUUGCUGUAAUGGCAAAAAUAUGCAAAGGCAGUCCUUCAGAAAGAGUUUCAAACAGUCAUGCAAUUACAGAAAUGCUCCUUCUGAAAUACUGAUAAUUUAAAUAUUUGCUGUAAUGUGGAGACAGUGAGAAAAUGAAUAACAAUGUGUUAUUUUUUUCUAAAUAAGAUUUUUGAGGUUACAGGUAAAGCCAGAAACACCCGAAGGUUUUAGAUGUUAAGUGCUUUCAUCUUCCUGAUGGAUUCAGAUUCAAUGCUAUUAAUUAAUAAUUUGUUAAUAUUUUCAGUCUUUUUUGAAUCCUUGGGGUAUUUCUGUGUAUAGGCAUAAACAUGACAAGUCAUAUUUUUCUGGCUGAAAUACAAGGAAAGUGAUGUAUUAAACGGUUACAAAUUUUGACUCCUUUGACCCAUGAUGUGAGACACCAGUGAUGUGUCUUUUUU